AUGAUUAGAUCGUCACCAGUACUCAAAAGAAGUCCAGUUAAACAGUUACUUUUCCGUCGUAAUGUUGCCAAUCCACGGAUUGAAAAACCAGAAGUACAUAAGACUACCUUAACCUCGCAUGAAAAGCCCAGUGGAUUUUCCAGUGCUAGUAUUAAGAACGGUAAUGUUGAUCAGCCAUUAUUCCCUAAAGGAACGUUUUGGAGAACGUAUAGACAAUCGAUUUCUGGAUUUAUUGGGGGGUUAGCCCUGGCUCUUUUCAUUAUGUAUCUUUGGCCGGUUGCAACCAUUAAGGCCAGUGAUACUAUUGGUGGGGUUCCAUCGAGAGGCGAAACUGCUGCAGUUGGAUACAACCGACUCACGAAAGAAGUUGAUGUUAAUAUUCCACAAACGUAUGCCCAUAAGGAUAAACCGGUUGACGAUGAAUGA